CAGGAAAGGAGCAGCCUUUUCUCUCUUCAAGGAAACAGCUCCCCAGGGGCCCGUGUUUCCUUCUGAGUGCUCAGCCCAGCCAGUCCUGUGGGAGGUGGCCUCCCUCCCCGCCCCUUACCUGUGCUCAGGUGCUUCGGCUAUAAAUUCUUACCUGGAGGUGCUCGCUGGCAAUCCCUGAUCGCCGUGCCGCUCGGUUGACCUGCCUUGGGAGUUUACAAAAGCCCGUGACGAAGUGUGUCUCGGACACCUGUCCGCCCCACAUCCCCGGAUCCUCGCCAUGGAACGGAAUAUCCUGGAGAUGAUCACCCUGGCCUUGAUGCUCGUGGCAUUGUGCCCAGAAAUCUUAGUCUGUUCAUCAUACGCAGAACCUGAAGGCGUGAAUCAGGAAGAUGCAAUCUCGGCCAGCACGGAAACCACCGUCUCUGAAUCCUUACCAACACCUUCCCUACUGCCAACCAUGUCUGACACCUCUUCAACAAAAGAUUCCUCCACAGGACCAACCCCCGUUGAGGGAACCACGAACUCUCAAGGGACAAACCCCACCACAGAAGGAUCCACGGAAACCUCCACAUCCUCAGUAGAACCCCAAGGUUCCACAGCAACUUCCACAACUGGAACCCCACUAAUAACAUCCCCUACAGAAUCCUCCGCAACAGCAACCACCUUUGAGGGAACCACGAAAUCCCAUGUGACAGAAAUCUUCAGCGCCUCUACAGAGGGAUCCACGGAAAACUCCACAUCCUCAGGAGAACCCCAAAGUUCCACAGCAACUUCCACAACUGGAACCCCACCAAUAACAUCCCCUACAGAAUCCUCCGCAACAGCAACCACCUUUGAGGGAACCACGAAAUCCCAUGUGACAGAAAUCUUCAGCGCCUCUACAGAGGGAUCCACGGAAAACUCCACAUCCUCAGGAGAACCCCAAAGUUCCACAGCAACUUCCAAAACUGGAACCCCACCAAUAACAUCCCCUACAGAAUCCUCUGCAACAGCAACCACCUUUGAGGGAACCACAAAAUCCCAUGUGACAGAAAUCUUCAGUGCCUCUACAGAGGGAUCCACGGAAACCUCCACAUCCUCAGGAGAACCCCAAAGUUCCACGGCAACUUCCCCACCUGGGACCACCCCAACAGCAGCCCCGACUGAGCCCCCUUUGACAAAUUUCAAUAUCACUUUCCACAUCGCAAUGGAUUUUACUGACGACCUGAAGAAUUCGACCUCCGAAGCAUACCGCAACCUGACUGGGAAAAUCGGGAAGAUGUAUGAUGACAUUUACAACUGCUCUACGUGCCAUGCUAAAUAUGGGACAUAUCUUGGAUUCACUGUGAACAAAUUCAGUAGCGGUUCAGUGCUGGCAGAUACAACGGUACACUUCGAGAAAAGCGCAGAUGUCUCCGCCGGAGUGAUCAGAACUGCUCUGAGCAACGCAACAGAAGACCAAUGGCAGGGUCUCAACCUGACUCAGAUUGAAGUGACCAAGCAGGAGACGACAACGACGCCUUCUCCCACCACGACUAGCACCAGCUCAAAGACAACCACACCUAAGCCUCCCAUAGAGCAGACGUUCACCAUCACUUACCACAUCACAAUGAAUUUUACUGAGGACUUGUUGGAUUCGUCCUCCGAAGCAUACCGCAGCCUGAAUGAGACAAUCGGGAAGAUGUAUGAGGAAGUUUUCAACUGCACGGGAUGCCUUGCUGAAGGGAAAUAUAUGGGGUACAAGGUGAAUUCUUUCAGUAGCGGUUCAGUGCUGGCAGAUACAACGGUACGCUUCCAGGAAAGUGCAGGUGUUUCCGCCGAUACGCUCCGCACUGCUCUGAGCGACGCACCUGAAGACAAACGGCAGGGUCUCAACCUGACUCAGAUUGAAGUGACCAAGCAGGAGAUGACAACGACGCCUUCUCCCACCACGACUAGCACCAGCUCAAAGACAACCACACCUAAGCCUCCCAUAGAGCAGACGUUCACCAUCACUUACCACAUCACAAUGAAUUUUACUGAGGACUUGUUGGAUUCGUCCUCCGAAGCAUACCGCAGCCUGAAUGAGACAAUCGGGAAGAUGUAUGAGGAAGUUUUCAACUGCACGGGAUGCCUUGCUGAAGGGAAAUAUAUGGGGUACAAGGUGAAUUCUUUCAGAAGCGGUUCGGUGCUGGCAGAUACAACGGUACACUUCGAGAAAAGCACAGAUAUUUCCGCCGGAGUGAUCAGAACUGCUCUGAGCAACGCAACAGAAGACCAACGGCAGGGUCUCAACCUGACUCAGAUUGAAGUGACCAAGCAGGAGACGACAACGACGCCUUCUCCCACCACGACUAGCACCAGCUCAAAGACACCCGCACCUAAGCCCCCCAAAGAGAAAACGUUCACCAUCACUUACCACAUCACAAUGAAUUAUACUAAGGACUUGUUGGAUUCGUCCUCCCAAGCUUACCAGAACCUGACUGGGAAUAUCAAGAAGAUGUAUGUGGAUGUUUUCAACUGCACAGGAUGCCCUGCUGAAGGGAAAUAUAUAGGAUACAAGGUGAAUUCUUUCAGAAAUGGCUCAGUGCUGGCAGAUACAACGGUACGCUUCCAGGAAAGUGCAGAUGUUUCCGCCGAUAAGCUCCGCACUGCUCUGAGCGACGCACCUGAAAACAAACGGCAUGGUCUCACCCUGACUCAGAUUGAAGUGACCUCAGACGCCACGGAACCCCCCAACCCCCCGCCCUCAACAGCAACUCCCCCCCCGGCAACCACCUCAACGACAACCUCGACUACAACCACUCCCAAUCACACAGAGACUGUCCCAGGCUGGGGCAUUGCUCUCCUCGUCUUAGUUUGCAUCCUUCUUCUCCUGGCGCUCAUCGCCUUCCUGAUCCUGAUCAUCUACUGGUGUCGACGGAAUCACCGGGGGAAGCUUGAUUUGCUCAGCAACCAAGACUCCUACCACGUCAUGAGUGAGUACCCGACGUACCACACACACGGGCGAUACGUUGCCCCCGGAAGCAAGCCUAACCCAUACAGCGAGAAUCUACCCAGGAAUGGUAACGCUCCCUUCUCCUACACCAACCCCACAAUGGCCAAUGAUGAACUGUAGGUGGAGCGCACCCUACAGUUGGACUUGGCAAGGGGGGGUUAGCCAGAACCUGGCUGAGCCAGGUAAAUUCAGGGAUAUUGUUGGGCUCCGGUGUGAAUAUGGGAAGGAUGAGUUCUGCAAACAAGCUUGGAAAUAGCCACUCGCCUACUCACCUGUGGUGAGUUUCAAAUUCCUUGAAGGCGAACAAGCAGCACAAUUUCAACAACUGAAAGAAUCUAUUCUAUAGACGUGCCAAAAAAAUCCACCCCUUGCAAAUGUGUGGUGAGCGAGCAACCCUCUCCAAAGCAGUGAGGACAACUAGAGAAUGCUUUGCAAAGCUAGCUGUGUCCCUCAAGCUUGGAAUGUUAUGUCCAGCGGAACUCCCUGUCACAAGGAUCUCACCAGGGCUCAAAAGAUCAAUGGGAGAUUCUCUUGCACUGGACAAAUUAACUAAGAAGAUGAAGACGAAAGGAAACCACCUAAGCUGCUGAACUGUAAAUUCUGAGUUUCCAGACCAUUUCCCCCAUCACCAUUAUGAAAAAGUUGAACUUUUUUGCUUUUACUUUUACUAAUUAAUUUUAUUUUUAUUAAUAUUAAUAUUCUAUUAGUGAUUUUUGUAAAAAAAAUUCAAACUGUGUUAUAAGAGAUCAACAUGUACAUAAAUAUGCAGUUCCUGCUUUCCAAACACUCACUCUGCAAGAAUUCACUUAUCCAAACAUGAGGAAUUACUACCCAAACCUCGCCAAACAUUGCAAAUACCCAAACAUUGCAAAUUCAGAUAUCCAAACAGGGAACAUUUUUUACUUCCUUGUUUGCCUUUUGCUGGUUGGCUGAGGGACAGAACUGAACCAUAGCGAUCUGUAUUUUAGUAAGCUUUCAGAGGGUUUUCCUAAGGGGUGGGUUUAAUCUGUAUUUAUUUCUUAUGGCUUUUAGAGGCCAAACUUCCAUGGCUGGGAACGCAUUAGAAAUUCCCCCAUAGGAAUCAAUGGAAAUCAUCGACUCCUUAUAUGAACUCUUGCCUCCCAAACGAUUUCCAGGGGACGCAUUGUGUUCAGAUAGUGGGACCUGAAUGAACUGCCUUUGGGGGGAGAUUUGUCUGAUUAGGAUGCAAAAUCUCAACCCCUGUGAAACCUGGGAGAGGGCAGAGUGCAAUAAUCAAAAUAGCCGUACUCCAAUCUUCUCUUCCCCACAAUCCUGCUCCACACAUGGAACAAUCCUUGCUCCAGACAACCUUGGCAUCUCUGAAUACUAGCUGCCAGGAACCACAGGUGAGGAGAAUCGCUGUUGUGCUCAUAUCCUCCUUGUGAGCUUCUUGUUGGGGCAUCUGUGAGAAUAGGAUACAGGAUUAGGUGGGCCCUGAUGCAGCCGGGCUUUGCUCAUGUUCUGCAGCUACAGCAUGUUCCCCCCAAGUGAGAAUGCAGAGGGGCAACGUGCUUCUUGACCUUAUUUCCUCCACCUCAACAAGAAAAAGUUCCAGAGGAGUCAAACCCAGACACAUGAAGGAACAAGAUUAACCCGAAAUAUUUAUUUAAGGUGGGGAGGAAAAGAGUAUGCCCUUUCUUGCCAACCCUUGUAUGCCCUUUCUUGCUUCAAUGCUGGGGAUACCUCUCCCCUCCCCUCCAAAAAUCCUAUGCUUCCAUAGGGAUGCUGUCAUUCCAAAUCUGCAUUGUACAGGAGAUAGUCCACAGUCCUCCUCAUACAGCUUUCUAACCAGUCAACAUUGUAAUGGUAAAUGCUUUGGAGGGGAGGUUUUUGAAAGCCAAAUUUGGCAACUGCCUUAUCUGCAAAUCCUGGUGCUCGUGAGUGGUGUCUCGAUGGACAGUUGUACAACAGCAAACCUCAGAAUUCUUGGGUGAAGGGUUUUGGAGUUGUGGGGGGAGGCAAAGAGUGAGUGGGGAGGAAGAGGAAGUGCCGUGGCUUCUGUGACAAAUUCUAUAUUUAUAACAUUUAACAAUAAACGGAUCUACGUUGGUAUGGA